AUGUCACUGAUUGGUAGAUUUCUUGUUUUUAAAACAGCCAAAAUAUUGCCGACUUUGUUGAUCUUUGCUGCUAUGGUGAUUGUAUACUGUCUUACACACAAGAAAAUGUUACAUUCCACUUGGACGCUGUCGUCUUUAAGAUCAACGUGGAGACAAAAGACAUUGUGUCUUCAGGCAGCAGAAAGUUCGGAACACCAAGGAAAAUAUGAGUGCAAAGACUACUCCCCAAAAAUGUCUGGCAAGUGUCAUGUUUUAGAACUGUUUACACGCAUCGACCCAACUGCUAGACAUUAUGACUCGGAAAUUAUCUGUGACCAGGCCUCGUCCAACUUUGAUCUCAUCUGUCGUUUGCAUCUCAAACAGAUCGGUCUACAAUCUCAACAGUCCACAAUCUGCUGCCUAGACAAAGUGGACAAAGUUCCCAGGAUUGUCUAUUAUGUUAUUUUUGGAGUCUAUCAGUUUCGACUGGUACACUAUAUCUCUCUCAGGGCAACCAGUCGAUUUAUCGCUCCAUCAGCCAUCUACGUUGUCGGAGACCAACAUCCCACGGGCAAGUGGUGGCGAAAGGUGCUGGCAGAAGUUCAAGGAGUCAGGUUCUUAUUCCGAGAGAUUCCAGGCAACAUCUCGGGGCUACCUGCUGACAUCAAGCAUCUCUCCGACAUUGUCCGGCUCCAGCUUCUCUACAUGAACGGUGGUAUCUACCUGGACACAGACACAGUUGUACUGACAGAUCUUCAACCCCUUCUAGAGCAUAAUCUCACAUUGGGACUGGUAGACAACAGUACAGGAAUGGGUAAUGCUUUUAUAAUGGCUAAAAGAGGAAACGACUUCAUUGAGGAAUGGUACUCUCACUACACUAAAUACAACAAAAGCAAUUAUUACUGGAACUCUUUACAGAUUCCCCAGCAGAUGUGGCUGAAGAAUCCCAGACGUGUUCAUAUGGUAGACAAGAUCUACCGUCCCAACUGGUUCGAGUCAGAGUUACUAUUCAAUAAGAGCGGCUACCCCUGGCGCAACAACUACGCUGUGCACGUUUGGAGUGCUCCCAACUACCCUGUUCCCGAGCACAUCAAGGAGAUCACCAGUGCUAACACCACAAUUGCCGAGAUCUUUCGAUAUGUUCUCUAUGAAGACCUUUCGACUAGGAUCUAG